AUGCUUACGCGUGUGUGUAACAUAUCGCAUUUCGUCGCAGCCAAUUACGCCCUCGUUGCCGGACUGGAUCUCAGCUCGGCCCUUAGCGCGCCCGCAACAAUAACAACGCUACGUGCAAGACAUCUAACACUGACACGCUUUAUUGCAAUCACGCUGGACGACGACGCGGGACCAAUAAGCCCCGCUCAACUUUUCCUGUAA